AUGUGCAAUAUGUCCCUAAAAAAAGUAUGUUUAAUAGAAAAAAAUUCAAAGAGUGUGAAUUUUAAGAGAAGGUAGCAUUAUUUUUUUGAAAAACAAUUUUUUGUUUUGUUUUGGAGAGUUCAAAAAGAUAGAAAGAGAAGAGAGGCCACAAUGAAAAUAAGGAGAAAGGAGAUUAUUAAAGAAGCAAAGAAGCAACUAUGGAUGUCAGGGCCAAUGAUAUUUGUCUGUUUGUUUCAAAAUAGCUUAUUACUUAUAUCUCUCAUGUUUGUUGGACAUUUGGAUCGUGAAUUAGUUCUUGCUGGUGCUUCUUUAGCUACUUCAUUUCUCAAUGUCAGUGGUUUCAAUGUUAUGAUGGGUUUGUCAAGUGUACUAGACACAUUUUGUGGUCAAGUUUAUGGAGCACAACAAUAUCAUAUGGUUGGAAUAUAUACACAAAGAGCCAUGUUGGUUACAACCCUAUUGAGUAUACCCUUAUCAAUUAUUUGGGCAUACUUAGAACCCAUUUUGAUUAUUCUACAUCAAAACAAAGCUAUUGCAGCACAAGCUCAAAUAUAUGCUCGUUACUCUAUUCCAAGCCUUUGUGCCAAUGGAUUUCUUAGGUGCAUUAUUAAAUUCCUACAAACCCAAAACAUAGUUUAUCCUAUGAUGUUGGCUACUGGAUUCACUAGCAUAAUACAUGUUGUUCUAUGUUGGGCUUUAGUUAUGAAAAUUGGGCUUGGUCUCAAAGGUGCUGCUAUUGCAAUUUGUAUAUCAAAUUGGUUUAAUGUGAUACUAUUGGUAAUUUAUAUCAAGUUAUCACCUUCAUGUAAAAGGACUUGGGUUGGUUUAUCAAGAGAAUCCUUGCACAACAUUCCUCCAUUUCUCAAACUUGCUUUUCCUUCAACGAUCAUGGUUUGCUUAGAAUCAUGGACAUUUGAAUUAAUGGUACUCUUGUCUGGUGCUCUUUCAAAUCCAAAAUUGCAAACAUCUGUGCUUUCUAUAUGUAUUAAUACAAGUGUUUUGGUAUGGAAUAUACCAUUUGGAAUUAGUCUUGUUGGAAGUACAAGAAUCUCAAAUGAAUUAGGAGCUGGACGUCCAAAUGGUGCAUAUUUAGCUGCUAUAGUCACCUUAUUCAUGGCAUUCACUUCUGGAGUUUUAGAGUUUGCUUUUAUUAUGUCAGUAUGGAAAGUUUGGGGAAAGGCUUUUAGCAAUGUUGAUCAAGUAGUCACAUAUGUGACUUCCAUGACACCAUUGGUUGCAACCUCUGCCUUUGUAGAUUCAAUUCAAACAGUACUUACAGGUGUUUCUAGAGGAUGUGGUCGACAAAAACUUGGAGCAUUUGUUAAUUUGGGAUCUUUUUAUCUUGUGGGAGUUCCUUUGUCUGCUAUAUUUGCUUUUGUCAUCCACAUGAAUGGUCAAGGCCUCCUUUUAGGUCUUAUAAUAGCACUUGUUGUUGUAGUGGUGUGUUUACUUAUCAUCACCUUGCACACUAAUUGGGAGAAAGAAACAAAUAAGGCAGCAAAAAGAGUAGGAGAAGGCAAUGGAGUCCAAAUUAAUGCACUUUCACUUGACCAAAGUGUUACAAUUUUAUGAGUAAAAACUUUACUUGGAAAGUGGAGACAAAAUUCAAGUAACAUGUACUUGUUCCAAAACCAUGAUUAUCAUUUAGCAUUUAAUCUACUAAUAGGAAAUUUGGUGAUGGAACUAUUUUAUCUUUUGAAUUUUAGAAUUUAAAUGAGGGAUGCAUUUAAUAAAGAAAAAUGUAUAUUUAUAGUUUAGUUUCUCUUUUAGCCUUUCAAAUACCCUGAUUGUAUUAUUGCAAUUCUUCUAUUUUCUGAUUGUGUAAAUGGUUGAAAACAAUAUAUCUAAAUAUUUUUUGGA